GACAGCAGAAGUUUGUGAGAGAGAGGAUCUGAGUUCAGACAGCGCCUGAAGUCUGACAACAACAAGUGUCUGAGCGGAGAACCAGGAGUGAGGACUCUCAGUGAUGACUGCUGCUCCCACUAACUAACUAACUCUCUCUCUCUCUCGCUGUCACACACACACACGCGCGCCGUUCCCCGGUCUGCUCUCUGCGGGCGUGUCGCGUGCGUAAUUAGCUAAUUUGGAUCACCCGGUUGAACCUGUAGGGGAACCUGGCCACACGUCGCCAGGUGGACGGCGACAAAAAGGAGCUUCAACUCUUCUGAAAGUCUUCCUGACACCAUGUACAGCAUGAUGGAGCACGAGCUGAAGCCCACCGGCCAGCCCCCCCACCAGACCCAGGGCCUGUCCCCGGUCACCGGGAACAUCACCGGCAGCAUGGGCCCCAACGGAAACUCUCACCCGGGUUCCAAGACAGCGUGCCCUCCCGGAGCAGACCCCAUGGACAAGGUGAAGCGGCCCAUGAACGCCUUCAUGGUGUGGUCCCGGGGCCAGAGGCGCAAGAUGGCGCAAGAAAACCCCAAAAUGCACAACUCCGAGAUCAGCAAGAGACUCGGAGCGGAGUGGAAGCUGCUCACGGACGCGGAGAAGAGGCCGUUCAUCGACGAGGCCAAGCGGCUCCGCGCCGUGCACAUGAAAGAGUACCCCGACUACAAGUACAAGCCGCGCCGCAAGACCAAGCCGCUCCUGAAGAAGGACGCGCAGGUGGGGAAGUACCCGCUGUCCGCCGGGAACCUGCUGGCGGCGGCGGCGCAGGGGCAGGGAGGCAGCCCCAGGAUGGAGAGCUACGGCUGGGGUCCCACCGGGGGGUACGCCGGCAUGCAGGGCGAGGCGCUGGGCUACACGCAGCAGCUGCACCGGUACGACCUGUCCGCCCUGCAGUACCCCCCCGCCAUGACCGCAGCACAGACCUACAUGAACGGAGCCAACUCUUACAGACUUUAUCCGGUCUCUAACUCGUCUCCUCUCCUCUACAGCCCGAUGUCGUACAGCAACAGCCCCCAGCAGCCAAGCCCCGUCAUGCCCAUGGUGAAGGCAGAACCAGUCUCCCACUCGCCUCCAACCGGGGCCCCCAACCACCACCGGGGGCCCCUGCAGGGAGACCUGAGGGACAUGAUCAGCAUGUACAUCCCUGGAGCAGGCGGGGAGGCUGGGGAUCCCACCGCCGCACAGAGGGGCUACACCAGCGUGCAGCAGCAUUACCUCACCGGGACCGUCCCACUCACACACAUCUGAGACUCAAACAGAAGGGGCGGAGCUUGAGGAGCUCGAAACGCACAGCUGGACGGACGGGAGGCGGAGUUAAAGACGCUCAGGAGUCCAGAUGUUACUCUAAAGUGACAACUAAAUAUUUGAUGUCUUUCAAAAGCUGUUACCACCACAUGUACAGAGCUGAGGCUCUGCCCCCUCCGCCCUCCUGCAGACUUCUCUUCAUGAAGGAUGGCAGUGAAGACACGUCUGUUCAUUCUGUACAUAUUAGUCCCUUUUUCCUUUUUGAUACUUUAGAGCUCAUAACGCCUCAAAGACUGGUUCAUUCAAACUCUUCUCACGCUGGCGCUCCUGAUUCGGUCUGUGUCGGAUGGAGCCUGACCCGGCAGCCUGGAUGACGGAUCAGUCUCUGAGACCAGGAGGGGGAAGCACAUGUUGAAUUCUGUGCCUUUGCUUUGGUGUGCUGCUCUGUAUUUCUCUGUCUCACCUGCUGGAUGAAACACCUGUCGGACAAUCAGCUGCAUCCACAGGACGCUCCGAGCACGCGGCCGCUUUUCUCUCUUAUCUUUAGUUCUAGAUUUAAACCUUUUGUUGUACAUGUUUUGCUCUGGCAGUCAUGCCGUUUGUUUUUAGGGUUUUUAAUAUGAAAUGCUACAUUUCAGAUGAGUCCAGGAAGUCUUCCACACGGAGAAAGCUGCAGAAAACAGCUCCGUCUUGUUUCAGAUUUCACCUGUGGGACGUAACAUCGCUCUGUAGUCUUGAUCCUGUUUCUCUCAGACCGACAGAUCUGAUGUUAGUCUGGUUUUUAGUGCUGCUAUGGACCUACAAUAAUUAAAUGUGUCUCAGUCAGACUCUGAAGAGGAAGUCUGCUGUUUUUGAACCUGGGCCUUAUUUUAGGGCUUCAUUCUGCAGCAGUAAUGGCUGCACUGACCUCAAAGUGCAUCCAUUAACAGUUCUUGUUUUGGUCCCUGACAGCCUCAGGUUUUUAUUAUAAGUGUCAGAGAUGCAGCAAGAUGUAACAGCUGUUGCAUCGUUCUCCUUAAAGCCACCAAAUUCCACUCACCAAAAAGACUAUUCAUCUGGCCUCACUGCAGCUGAUUGGUUAAGCUUUUGUGCUGUCGUGUCUUUAGUUGUAAUGGAUCAAAACUUCCCAAACUAACCUGCUCAUGGAGGCAGCAGUCAACCUACAACUCCUGUGAUCUGAGAGUUAAAAUGUGUCUUUGUCAGUGGAGCCUGGUGGGCUUGAUGAUGGCGAUGUAAAUGCUGUAUUUUUCUUAAACUAAGGAUCUUAAUGCCUGACUGAAAAGCUGAACAACCUGAGUAUGUCAGGGACAAAAAGAAAAACUGUUAGUGGACGCACUUUGAUGCACCAACGUUGCAGCCUGUUUCCUGCUGCAGGAUGAAUCAGUCGUUCCUAAACUUGUAAAAAGCAUCCCAGGUUUGAAAACACCUGAACUUCCUCUCGACUUUGAAGCAUUUUAUACUAACCAAACAUGCACUGGACUCGGUCUUAUUUUUAAAAAAGGGAUUCUUUUUUAUUAAAGUAACGUGUGAAUGUUUACAUUUGAGGACUAAACUUUUAUACUGACUUUUGUAUCUCUAUUUUUAGGAUGAAUUCUUGUCUGUAAAUGCUGCCAUGUACUAGAGUGACUGUAUGAAGCAUCCGUGUAAAUACUGUACACAUUUUAGGCUCUUAUACUAAGAGUCUCUGAGUCCUGUUUUCGAUUAAAAAAAUCUUUGUUAUGGAGUUCAUGACGAUAUUAAUAAAAAGUACAAAUCCUUUUUCAGUACUGGA